UCGCUGUCAUCACUAUCAGUAGUAGGUUUUAUUUUUUGUGCGCGUAUUUUACUGCUCUUGGCUGCACAAAGCCAAAAAUCAGAGCGGCGCCAAGUUUUAAUAUCUCCCAAAUACUCGGGCAGUCCCCGAUCAACAAAAAGGGUUCCAGGAACCGGCAAACAUCGAUUUGAAGGAGUUUUGAAACCGCCGACAGCGCCGCAAAAUGCAGUCUCACAGCAAAAAACGCGUUUGUUACUACUACGACAGUGACAUCGGAAACUACUACUAUGGCCAGGGUCAUCCCAUGAAGCCCCACCGCAUACGUAUGACCCACAACCUGCUGCUCAACUAUGGGCUAUAUCGAAAAAUGGAGAUUUACCGUCCCCACAAAGCCACUGCCGAUGAGAUGACCAAGUUCCACUCGGACGAGUACGUCCGGUUCCUGCGAUCCAUUAGGCCAGACAACAUGUCCGAGUACAACAAGCAGAUGCAGCGCUUCAAUGUGGGCGAAGAUUGCCCUGUUUUCGACGGACUCUACGAGUUCUGCCAACUCUCCGCCGGAGGAUCCGUGGCUGCAGCCGUCAAGCUGAACAAACAGGCCUCGGAGAUCUGCAUCAACUGGGGCGGAGGCCUGCAUCAUGCCAAAAAAUCGGAGGCCUCCGGCUUUUGCUACGUCAACGAUAUUGUCCUUGGAAUCCUCGAGCUGCUUAAGUACCACCAGCGUGUUCUCUACAUAGACAUAGACGUGCAUCACGGUGAUGGCGUGGAGGAGGCGUUCUAUACCACCGAUCGUGUGAUGACCGUGAGCUUCCACAAGUACGGAGAGUACUUCCCAGGCACCGGCGAUCUGCGUGACAUCGGCGCCGGCAAGGGAAAGUACUAUGCAGUGAACAUACCCCUGCGCGAUGGCAUGGAUGAUGAUGCGUACGAAAGCAUAUUUGUGCCCAUUAUCAGCAAGGUGAUGGAAACAUUCCAACCGGCGGCGGUGGUGCUGCAAUGUGGUGCCGAUUCCCUGACUGGCGAUCGUUUAGGUUGCUUCAAUCUGACGGUCAAGGGCCACGGCAAGUGCGUUGAGUUUGUAAAGAAGUAUAACCUGCCCUUCUUGAUGGUCGGCGGUGGUGGCUAUACCAUUCGUAACGUUUCCCGCUGCUGGACCUACGAAACCUCUGUGGCUCUUGCCGUGGAAAUCGCCAACGAACUGCCCUACAACGACUAUUUCGAGUACUUUGGUCCCGACUUCAAGCUGCACAUUAGUCCCAGUAAUAUGACAAAUCAGAAUACGUCAGAGUACCUGGAGAAGAUCAAAAACCGGCUUUUUGAGAACCUGCGAAUGCUGCCUCAUGCACCUGGCGUACAGAUCCAGGCGAUUCCCGAGGACGCCAUCAACGACGAGUCCGACGAUGAGGACAAGGUCGACAAGGACGAUCGCCUGCCCCAAAGCGACAAGGACAAGCGCAUUGUGCCCGAGAACGAGUAUUCCGAUUCGGAGGACGAAGGCGAGGGCGGACGCAGGGAUAACCGGACGUACAAGGGCCAGCGAAAGCGACCGCGUCUGGACAAGGACACCAACAGCAACAAGGCUUCCUCAGAGACAUCCAGCGAGAUCAAGGACGAAAAGGAGAAGGGUGACGGAGCUGAUGGCGAGGAAUCGACGGCGUCCAAUACGAACAGCACCAGCAACAACAACAGCAACAACAAGAGCGAUAAUGACGCCGGAGCGACGGCUAAUGCCGGAUCUGGGUCAGGAUCAGGUUCCGGUACCGGGGCCAAGGGUGCCAAGGAGAACAACAUAUGACGUGGCGGCCGCAAUUGGUUAUAGAAGCCAAUUAAGCGACCGCCGAAGUACAAGCCGCCGGAUUUCACCUAGCGUCGUCUCAUCCCGCGCUCCCCAAACAUGCCCUUGAGCCAUUUCCACGGCCCCUUCAUAAGUCCCCCCGAUCAGCUCCCAUUUAGUGUGUAAGAUUUCCGGAGGGUCAAAACAGUAAUCAGUGGGCGGGACUUGAACUCAUCGUAGACUUAAAUACAAUUUAUUGUAAGGCAAUCUGCGCAGAUCGAAAGUGUAUAAGCUAAGCAUACAAAAGUAAAUGCCUACGUCUAAGCGAUCCAAUGUGGCGAAUCACGCAGAAUCUAAUUUAAUCCAAUAAAUAUUUAUAAAUACGAA